AUGCGAUGGCCUUUUAGGCUGCCACCACAAUGCCUACUAAUCAGAACCAAGCCAAAGGACCUUGGAAAUCGCGCAUUUCUUCCACGAACUCCCUCUCGAAACCUUCAAUCGAUCUCAUCGGGUGCCGAAUUCGAGGCGCGUCUUCUAGAACGUCUCAUCGAGCCCUGUGAAGACCGCGCUGCUGCGAAUAACGAACUGCGAUGGCUUAAGGAACACGCGCAAAAGACUGCGCCAGGAGAUGUGGAGACGCAGCAUGCAUUGUUGAAUCGCUUUGUGGAUGAGAGGUCGACGGGCAAGCCAUUGCAAUAUAUUCUGGGUACAGAGUACUUCGGAGAUCUCGAGCUGGAAUGUCGCCCUGGGGUUCUUAUUCCAAGGCAAGAAACCGCCGCCUCUAUCUCCUAUCUUGUCCACCUUCUCAGCCUAGCACCCGAGCUUCCGCGCCGUCUACGAGUUCUUGACCUAUGCACAGGAUCUGGAUGUAUUCCGCUUUUGUUUCAGCAUGAACUCGCCAAAGCGCGACCAGAUAUACAACUCCGAUUGCUUGGCGUAGAUAUCUCUCUAGAGGCCCUCCAACUGGCCCAGGACAACAGAAGUCGUUUGCUCGAAACCGCCCGUUUGCAGCUCCCAAAUGUGGACGAAGAGCAGAAAUUGUCCCAUCCAACAGGUCCAAAAUACGAUACCCCUCGACGGUCGCUCGACAUAUUGAACACGACUGAAUUCAUACAGGCAGAUGUGCUCGCCGAAGAUUAUUUGACCCACGAUCCUGCAAAACCAGAAUCGGAUGUCCCGAGUCUUGAAGCAGCUCUACGUCUCCAAUCAACCAUACGCCUCGGCGAGAGACGGCGCAGAAGUACUUUUUACGAACCCAGACCGAAAAUAUGGAAGGUUAUCAUUUGUAACCCGCCAUACAUCUCACCAAAUGAAUUCUUGCACACGACUAGCCGCUCUGUUCGUGAUUUCGAGCCCAAGCUAGCAUUGGUUCCGCCGGUGAAUUCCCAGGGACCACACACGGACCAAGGCGACACGUUCUAUCCACGACUUCUGAAAAUUGCCGACUCGCACCAAGCGAUUGUGGUGUUGUUCGAGGUUGCGGACAUGGCCCAGGCUCUCAGGGUCGCGCAGAUGGCUAAAAGCUAUCAAAUAGUACAGGAUGAGAGCGCCCCUGCGAACAAGUAUUGGCGUGAUUGGCUUCGAUCCGCCCACCGAUGGGAUCACAUAGAAAUCUGGCGUGACCAACCUGAUCAGGCAAGCGAUAAUGGGACACCUGAAGUAAUUGACGGCUUUGAUGUCGUCGGCCGUGGUAACGGCCGCUCUGUCGUCUGCUGGAAGUACGCGGCAAGGAGGUGGUUCGGUAAUGGACAGCCCAUCUCAACCCAAAUUGCAGAAUUAAAGGCCCAGGCUACGUGA